GCCGACGUCUGGAGAAGAAUAAGGUCUAACAAUGGAAGUCUGAGAUGGUUCCUUUAGUUUCUAAUUAUAAAAGAGAAUUUCGUUUUAAUUUCUCUUUUUGUUUGUCUCCUCCUCGAUUUCAAGUGAUUGAUUUAUGUAAAUUUUGAGCUUCCCUUCAAAGGAAAUGACAAGUUUCGUGAUUCUACUCGAGCUCUAUUACUUUUGGUGAAUAAGGGAUAAAGAAAUUGAUUCCAACAGAUUAGAAAUGGCGUAUUCUGUUCUUCGGCUUCGAAAGGUUUCAGCUUUGGGGAUUUCUCGUGUUCUUCAAGCUGAUCAGGGAAGUUUGUGGCGGUUUCACUUAGAACCUGAGUUUGGUGAGUUUUUGAGAUUAGGUGUCUUGACUAGGAACUACAGAAAGAACUCAGGAUCUCCAAAGUUUGAUUUCACUGGCACGGGAACCACCUCAAAGUUUGAUUUCACUGAUCUCACCUGUCCUCAUACAUGGUAUCCAAUAGCUCGGAAGAAGAAGCGUAAGGUCAUUCUACAUGUUGGCCCGACAAACAGCGGGAAGACAUAUAGUGCCCUUAAGCACCUUGAGCAGAGUUCUUCAGGCGUAUAUUGUGGUCCGUUAAGAUUGUUGGCAUGGGAGGUAGCCAAACGGUUAAACAAAGCAAAUGUUCCAUGUGAUUUGAUCACGGGACAAGAGAAAGACUUAGUGGAAGGGGCAACACACAAAGCUGUGACAGUUGAAAUGGCUGAUGUUACGUCGGUCUAUGAUUGUGCCAUCAUUGACGAAAUUCAGAUGGUGGGAUGUACACAAAGGGGAUUUGCAUUUACUCGUGCUCUACUUGGAAUCGCGGCUGAUGAGCUACAUUUAUGUGGCGAUCCUGCUGUCGUACCUCUUGUUGAAGAUAUACUGAAAGUAACUGGAGAUGAUGUCGAGGUUCGAACAUAUGAGAGGCUUUCACCAUUAGUCCCUUUGAAGGUGCCUGUUUCAUCAGUUUCCAGUAUCAAAACUGGGGAUUGUCUUGUCACCUUUUCCCGAAAAGAUAUAUAUGCAUAUAAGAAAAUAAUUGAACGUGCGGGGAAUCAUCUUUGCUCUGUGGUUUAUGGUUCAUUGCCUCCAGAGACUCGCACGGCACAGGCGACAAGGUUUAACGACGAGACCAAUGACUUUGAUGUGCUUGUUGCCAGCGAUGCAAUUGGCAUGGGCCUUAAUUUGAAUAUUUCAAGGAUUAUCUUCUCGACCCUUCAAAAAUUUGAUGGUUCCGAGACCAGAGACCUAACAGUAUCUGAGAUUAAACAAAUUGCAGGGAGAGCUGGCAGAUUCCGAUCAAAGUUCCCUAUUGGCGAAGUAACUUGUUUGCACAAAGAGGAUCUUCCGUUACUCCACUCUUCGCUCAAGUCUCCUUCACCUCUUCUUGAGCGUGCUGGACUAUUUCCAACAUUUGACCUCCUAUCUAGGUAUUCCCAAGCACACCCUAAACACGGGUUGUACCAGAUAUUGGAACAUUUUGUUGAAAAUGCUAAGCUGUCUUCAAACUACUUCAUCUCUAAUGUUGAAGACAUGAUGAAAGUUGCCGCCAUUGUUGAUGAAUUACCCCUCGGAUUGCAAGAGAAGUACCUUUUCGUGGUCAGUCCAGUUGAUAUAAAUGACGAAAUUUCAGGCCAGGGACUUGCACAGUUUGCUCAAAACUUCUCGAAGGCAGGCGUUGUGAGGCUCCGGGAGAUACUUGCAGCCGACAGAGUUAAGGUUCCCAAAACACCAACAGAACUCAAGGACCUUGAAUCCAUUCACAAGGUUUUGGAUCUGUACGUAUGGUUAAGCUUAAGGCUAGAGGAUUCUUUUCCUGACCGCGAAGUAGCAGCUUCACAAAAGUCAAUCUGCAAUAUAUUGAUUGAGCAAUUCUUAGAGGGAAAUAGAUUAAGCUCUCCUACCCGUGUCUCACGAUAUCUAAGACAGCAAAAAUUCUGAGAAAACAUUUCAAGUUUGGUUGGACAAUUGUCUUGUUCCGUUCGUUGGUUUGGUCACUAAAAGGAAAAAGAAAAGAUGAGUGACUGUGCCAAAUGAUCUUAGCACUACUUGAUAAUGGAGCAUUCAAAAGUUGUCAUUAACAGUGAAUAAACCAUUUGAUUUAUU